GAUUUAUAAUUUUAAUUAUUGUUCAAAAGUAAAUUGCACAAAAGUUUAAAAUGGCAUCUGCAAUGGAUGUAGAUAAUGAUGAAAUUGAAGCUCCAAGUUCUAGUAGCUCGAAAGUAGAAAAAAAGAGAUUCGAGGUCAAGAAGUGGAAUGCAGUGGCGCUUUGGGCUUGGGACAUUGUUGUGGAUAAUUGUGCUAUCUGCAGAAAUCAUAUAAUGGAUCUCUGCAUUGAAUGUCAAGCCAAUCAAGCAUCUGCUACUAGCGAAGAAUGCACAGUUGCUUGGGGAGUAUGUAAUCAUGCUUUCCAUUUCCACUGCAUUUCAAGAUGGUUAAAAACUAGACAAGUGUGUCCCCUUGAUAACAGAGAAUGGGAAUUUCAGAAAUAUGGGCAUUAAAAUUUCAAUGUUUAAACGCUUUUUUUCAAUUAAAUUAUUUCUAUGUAUUUUCCCAAAUUGAUGAAUGUUUCAUUCUUUAUUGCAUCUUUCAUUGAUAUAAAUAAUUGUAUUAAAUUCUUUUCAGUAAUAAA